CUAUCGCUGUGUAUUGGACAUAAUAUAUGAUGGCAUGCUGGACAUAAAAGUUAAUACACUAACCAAUCCGGACAGCAAACUAGCUGAAUUUAUCGAAUGCGGAACGCACAUACUUGCAAUGAGAGUAUUUAAAUUAUGGUUACAUCCCGACAUUCUUUUUUAUAAUACUGCUAUCGGAAAGAAAUUUCAAAAGUGCUUAUCGUGCAUGGAUAACAUCACAAGCAAUAUAAUGAAGAAAAAGAAGGAAUCAAUAUCGAGAAAUAAAAUCAAUCCAGAAUUGACAAAGGAAAAUUCAGUACAAAACCCAAGAGUAUUUCUUGAUUUGUUAUUUGAAUCAUCGCAUGAAGAGGGAAAAUACUCUCAGCAAGAUAUUCGAGAUGAAAUCAAUACGAUGAUUAUUGCGGGAAGCGAUACUACAACUACUACCAUUAGCUUUGUAUUUUUGAUGCUUGCUUCAUUCCCUGAUAUUCAAAACGAAGUAUACGAGGAACUGAAUCAAAUUUACGGCUCAAACAAUCCAAAAUAUGCUUUAAUAUCACACGACGAUACUAAACGUAUGAAACUUUUGGAACGAGUGAUCAAGGAAACCUUACGACUCUUUCCUAUAGGUCCUAUCAUCGGUCGUAAAGUAACGAAGGAUAUAGAAGUGGAACAAAAUCUAACCAUACCAAAAGGAAGUUCCUUGGUAUUUUGGAUUUUCAAACUUCAUCGAAAUAAAAAAUAUUGGAACGAGCCAUUGAAAUUUGAUCCAAAUAGGUUUCUAUCCGAUAAUGUUCAUCCUCACAGUUUUUUACCAUUCGGUAUUGGAGCUAGAAAUUGCUUAGGUCAAACAUUUGCUAUGCUAGAAAUGAAGGUGAUAAUUGCUACUAUUUUAAGAAGGUUUAUUAUUAAAAUAGAUCGACCUGUAGUAAUCGAAGAUAUUGCCUUAAAGCUGGAUAUCACGUUAAAACCGGCAAAACCUAUAGUAUUACAAUUUGAAAGAAGAAAUUAAUUAAAAUUAUAAUAUUAAUUAAAAUAUGUUACAUACACACACACACA